CUAUCUCUAGUGCUUCACAAAAACCCUUAGAUCUAUACUCUCUCCAUUUCCUUUUUCUCUGUAAACCCCUUUAUAAAUCUCACUUCUUCUUCUUCGUCAAUCCUUCUUCAGAUCUCUUCUUCUUCUUCAAUUUCAAUAGAGAGAUACUACUCUCGUCUUCUUCGCUUUCUCAAUCCUGUUUCUUGUAGAGGAAGUUCUUCUGAUUGAUUUCGUCUUCUUGUAACGUUUUUUUACCGAUUCGAUCUUCUUCGGAUCUUAGGGUUUUUGUUUAAAUCCAGAUCUUGGGUUUUGUUAAAUAAUGGCGACUCCUUAUCCUGGAGCGACGCAGGUGGGUUCUUACUUUGUUGGGCAGUAUUAUCAAGUGUUGCAGCAGCAACCAGAUCUUAUUCAUCAGUUUUAUUCUGAGCCUAGUAGAGCUAUUCGUAUCGAUGGUGAUUCCACCGAGACUGCUAAUACUUUACUGCAUAUUCAUAACAUGGUUAUGUCACUGAACUUCACUGCGAUUGAAGUGAAGACGAUCAAUUCAGUCGAGUCGUGGGAAGGUGGUGUUCUUGUGGUGGUUUCAGGCUCUGUUAAAACCAAGGAAUUUACCAACAGAAGGAGUUUUGUGCAGACUUUUUUUCUUGCUCCUCAGGAAAAGGGUUAUUUUGUUCUCAAUGAUAUAUUUCAGUUUGUUGAUGAGGGGACUGUUUACUAUCAUCAGCCUUCUUAUUUAUCUGAAACCAAGCAUGAGGCUCAGCUUAAUCCUCCAAGCCAUCAUCCAGAACCCCAAGUUCCUGACUAUGUUCUGGAGGAAGAAGCAAGAGAUUAUGUGAACGCAGUCCAAAUCAAAGAUGAUCUUGUCGAUAAGUACAGUCUGCAAGAGGACCAACAUCAACCUCAGCAUGAAGUCUAUGAAGAUGAAGUUGCGAUUGAGGAAACACCUAGGGAAGAAGUUGCAGUUGAUGUGGUCCAUGAACAUCGGGCUGCACCAGUAGAGGAACCCGUUGGUGAAAAAUCAAAGAUGAGUUAUGCUUCCAUUUUAAAGGUUGCAAAGGAAGCAGCAGCUGUACCUGUAGUUGCUACACAACCAUCAUAUAACAAGAACUCUCAAGAUAUUAAUGAGUGGGAUCAACCAAGGCGGACUCCUUCCCCUCAGCUGGCUGCGCCUCUUGCCCCUGUUCAGCAAUCAAACGCUUCAUCCACGUAUGUUUCCGACUAUGGAGCAGAGGCAGAAGAUGGCUCUGGAUUUGAAGACUUUGAGUUCAAAUCAGUGUAUGUUAGGAAUUUGCCGUCCGACAUAUCUGCUUCUGAAAUUGAGGAAGAGUUUAAGAACUUUGGUACAAUCAAGCCUGAUGGUGUGUUUCUCAGAACCCGCAAGGAUGUUAUGGGCGUUUGUUAUGCAUUUGUUGAGUUUGAGGACAUGACUUCCGUUGAGAAUGCCAUUAAGGCUUCUCCUAUAUACUUGGGUGGAAGGCAAGUAUACAUUGAGGAACGAAGACCCAAUCCCGCUGGUGUUCGCGGUGCAAGACGAGGAGGAGGACGUGGAAGGGGAGGUUACCCAACAGAAGCACCAAGAGGCCGGUUUGGUGCCCGUGGGUCUGGCAGAGGAAACCAGGAUGGAGGUGACUACAGGCCAAGAGGUAACGGUUACUACCGCGGAGGUGGUCGUUAAGGAAAAAAAAGAAUCUCUUCAAAGUUUUAGUGCAACCAAGAAUGAAAUGAUUCAGAGAAAGGAUUCGGUUCUUCUUCCUUUUAUCUACGGAAGAAGUAGUUUGUAAUUUUUUUUUUUGUUGGGUUUGGUUUUUUGGCUCUCAAAGAAACAAAGAUUUUGGCUUAUAUAUGUUUUUCUUUGAAUUUGUUAUAGAUUUAGCCAUUUAGGGCUUUGACUGUUACCUCCCUUUGGGAAUGGUUUAGUUGUGUAACAUUUCAAUUUUUGUUUUUCCUUUGUUUCGGAGCUUUAUGUUUCAGCAGAGACAUCAGCUUUUAGCUUCGUAUGAAAGUUAUAUUUUCAUAAAA